AUGGUCCUCCCAAUAGUACUUCUGAAGCUCGCAGACUGGGUUUGGUACCAGCUGUUAGCAAAUUCAUGUCGCAGAGCAGCAAGGAAAGUCAGAAACUAUAAGCCCCCCCAACCUCAACCUCCUUCUUUCCCUAGUAUUGCCAAGUGUGAGAUAACUGGUAGAAAGUCCCAGACACUUGUUUGUGACAUUUUCGGAGGGCUUUUGAGAUCAGACUCUGUGUUUCCUUACUUCAUGUUGGUUGCUUUUGAAGGUGGUAGCAUUAUUAGAGCCUUUCUGUUGUUGCUGUCAUGCUCUUUUUUGUGGGUUUUGGACUAUGAACUCCAAUUAAGGGUCAUGAUUUUCAUAACCUUUUGCGGGCUCAAGAUUAAGCAAAUGGAGAGUGUUGGAAGGGCUGUGUUGCCCAAGUUUUAUCUUGAAAAUCUUAAUCUUCACGCCUAUGAGGCUUUGGCUUCAACUGGGUCUAAGGUGAUUUUCACUAGUGUCCCUAGAGUCAUGGUGGAAGGGUUCCUCAAGGAGUAUUUGGAGGUUGAUGAUGUUAAGGGAACUGAGCUGCUCACUUCUGGGCAUUACUUCACUGGUUUGUUGUCUAAAUCUGGUCUGCUUAUGAAGCACAGAGCUCUGAAGGAACAUUUUGGUGAUAGAAAACCAGAUAUUGGACUCGGAACUUCAAGCCACCAUGAUAAUCUCUUCAUCUCUCUUUGCAAGGAAGCUUAUGUAGUGAACAGGGAUGACAGCAAGAGCAAUUCAAGUAGUUCAUCAGUGUUGCCAAGGCACAGAUACCCCAAGCCCUUAAUAUUCCAUGAUGGAAGGCUAGCUUUCUUACCUAGUCCAUUAGCAACUCUCUCAAUGUUCUUGUGGAUACCAAUUGGAAUAGUCAUAGCCAUAUUCAGAAUCUCAGUGGGUAUCUUCCUUCCCUACAAACUUGCACUCUUCUUAGCCACCUGCACUGGUCUGAAUCUAUCUGUCAAGGGUUUAGACACUUCAACAAAAUCAGACCAUGAAAAUAGAGGAGUCCUCUAUGUAUGUACCCACAGAACACUUCUAGACCCAGUUUUCCUCAGCACAUCUCUUGCCAAGCCCUUGACCGCUGUCACAUACAGCCUAAGCAAAAUGUCGGAGGUCAUAGCCCCGAUUAGGACAGUGAGGUUAACAAGAGACAGGAAGAAAGAUGGAGAAACCAUGAACAAGUUGCUUAGUGAAGGUGACUUGGUGGUGUGUCCUGAGGGUACAACAUGUAGAGAGCCCUAUCUGUUGAGGUUUAGUUCACUGUUUGCUGAAUUGGCUGAUGAGAUUGUGCCUGUGGCUGUCAACACGAAGGUGAGUAUGUUCUAUGGGACUACAGCCAGCGGGCUCAAAUGUCUGGAUCCUAUUUUCUUCUUGAUGAACCCGAGACCUGUGUAUUAUGUUGAAAUAUUAGGCAAGUUACCAAAAGAGCUGACUUGUGCUGGUGGAAAAUCGAGCUGUGAAGUUGCGAAUUAUAUACAGAGGAAGCUGGGUGAUGCUUUGGGGUUUGAGUGUACCACUCUUACAAGGAAGGACAAGUAUUUGAUGCUGGCUGGGAAUGAAGGAAUAGUCAGUGAUAGUAAGAGGAAGAAUUAG